AGCUCGCGCAGUAAACAGUAAACACGCGGGUUAUCUGUCUUUUAUUAUGUGAUGUUUGUAUUCAGCAAUAAAUUUAAAUUAUUUAUUAUUUGUUUAUCGUUAUUUUUUUUCGUAAGAUCUUUGAAAUAAAAAUUUCAAAGAUCUCACAAUGAUUUCCGAUGAUGAUUCAUCUGAUGAAUUUCAACCAUCAAAAAUAAUUAUUUCAAAAAAAUCAAACUAUUUUCCUGCAAUAAAUAAAAAUCCAGGUAUUUUGGUUGCUGGUAAAAAUAAUCAAGAUAUUGAAGCAAUUAUAAUAUCUGAUGAUGAUUGUAUGAAUUCAACUGAUUCUAGUGUCUCUCCCAACCUAACAAUCAAUUAUAAUAUUGACAAAGAUGUUGAUAAUAAAACAAUCGCACCCGCAAAUCCUAUCAACACAUCGAAUGCUCCAGCAUUACAAGGCACAUCAUCAGGAUUAUUUCGAUGGGGAUCAAAAAGAAUUCAAUCAUCUCUGCACAAAUUUUUAAAAAAACGAAAUAUAAGUCCACUUGAAAGGGAAUCCAAGAAGCAGAAUACUAAUUAUGAUGAUGAUGAUGUUAUGACUGAGGAUGAGGAUGAUGAUCGUGUUAAAACGAAAUUAUUUAAGCCAUUGGUAUCUAAACCAAACAAAGUUAUGAUUGCUGGGGUUAAUGUUAUGUUCCCAUUGAAACCUUAUUCUUCACAAAUAGCUGUCAUGAACGCUUUAAUUCGGGGUUGUGCUAAAGAAGAACAUGCACUACUGGAGAGUCCAACAGGCAGUGGAAAAACAUUGGCUUUACUUUGUGGAGCUUUGGCUUGGCAGGAACAUUACGCUGCGCAAUAUUCAAUUCAGUUUCAAGAAUGGAUCAAUCAACAAUGUAAUGCAGAGUUCAACGACGUAGAGAUGGACUUUGAAGAAAUAUUGGAGAAAAAAGUGGUUAAUAAUAAAGACAAAGUUAAAGCACCUGUUGAGGAGCCUAAAAAAAUACCUAAAAUAUAUUAUGGAUCAAGAACUCACCGACAAAUUUCACAAGUGAUAAAAGAACUUCGCAGAACAGCAUAUGCAGAUACUAAAAUGACAAUAUUAAGUAGUAGAGAUUUUACAUGCAUUCAGCAGUCGAACAAAAAUAAAACUGAAUUAUGCAAUGAAUUAUUGGAUCCUAUUAAAAAACAAGGGUGUCCAUUUUAUAAUGAAUCUAAUAAACGUACAAUAUCAACUUAUAAAAAUUUAGAUAAAGUUUCGUUACCGCAACCUUGGGAUAUUGAAGAAUUAGUUGAAGUGGGAAAAGAAUAUGGCUGCUGUCCAUACUUCGCUGCGAGAAAUCUUAUGAUUGAAGCAAAUAUUAUUUUUUGUCCGUACAAUUAUUUAAUAGAUCCAAAUAUAAGAAAGAGUAUGCAAAUUUCUUUGAAAGAUGAAAUAGUAAUAUUGGAUGAAGCUCAUAAUAUUGAAGAUAUUUGUCGAGAUAGUGCUAGUGAGACAUUCAGAGUCGAUGAACUUAUGGAACUUAUUAAAGAAUGUGAACACUUAACACUUAAUGUAGCAAAAGACAAAAUUCCUCCUUAUGCAGCUGUGAUAAAAUCUUAUUGCGAAGCUUUCAACCAGUUUAUUGAAUUGACUAAUCUUGAAUCCAAGGAAGCGAAAAAUGAUCAACUGACAAGUAAAUUUUGGACUAGCCGUGAACUAUUGGAAUUAAUGAGCGUAAAUAAUUUAGAUGUACGUGUUCAUUAUCAGUUUAAAAGUGCUUCAUUGAAUGCAAUUGAUAAACAUAAUGAAGCCAAAGAAAAAUCACGAGAACCUUCAAAUUUACAUGGAGAUCCCAAAAAACAAGUUGUAGUUCCCACAGUAUCUCCUAUUGCCGUUCGUACUCUUGAAAGGCUUAAUUUUGCUAUCGAUAUGUUAACAUCGGAACAAUAUUCAUCUGAUUUUCGAGCAUUAAUCAGAGAAGUCCCUGAAAGAUUUUGUCAAAAAAUAACAACCAGAUCACCAAGUGCCAGUCAAAAACCACGAAAUCAACGUAUACGGAUGCUUGAUUUAUUGUGUAUGAAUCCAGCAGUUGUAUUUUCUUCAUUAGCUAAAUCAGCUCGAUCAAUAAUAUUAGCAUCUGGUACAUUAUCACCAACAACUUCAUUUUCCAGUGAAUUGGACACUAAAUUUCCACACAUGCUUCAUGCUAAUCAUGUAAUACCUAAAGAACAGGUUCUUGUUAAAGCUGUAGGUCAAGGACCAAACAAUGUUAAUUUACGAGCGACUUAUGCAAAUGUUAACUCAUGGAAAUUUCAAGAUGAAUUGGGACAAGUUCUAGUCGAUGUAUGUGAAACAGUACCUUUUGGAAUAUUAUGUUUUUUUUCAUCAUACACUUCUAUGAAAACAUUGACGAAUAGAUGGUGGCAAAAUGGUACUAUGACUAAAAUAAAUCAAUGUAAACGUAUUAUUGAAGAGCCACGUGUCAGUAAAGAUUUGUCUGAAGUUAUGAAUGAAUUUCGUACAGUAAUAAAAGAAUGUACAGAAGGUACUAUUGAUGAUCGUAGAAUAACUGGUGCCUUACUUUUUGCAGUAUUUCGUGGUAAAGUCGCUGAAGGAAUUGAUUUUAGUGAUAAUGAAGCACGGUGUGUUUUAACUAUUGGGAUACCUUUUGCUGUAAGAAAUGAUCCCGCAGUUGAGCUUAAAGUUGCUUAUAAUGAUUUACAUUCUAAAGAAAAAAAACUAUUACGUGGAAGUGAAUGGUAUGCGGUACAAGCUUACAGAGCACUGAAUCAAGCUUUGGGACGUUGUAUUAGACAUAGAAAUGACUGGGGUGCUAUACUACUAGUUGAUGAUAGAUUUUUAAUAAGCCAUAAUCAAAGUUAUCUUCCCAACUGGGUUAAAUCUAUGUGGAGUAACCGUAAUAAUAAUUAUAAUUUACGUCACGAGCUUAAACAAUUUGUCAACGAAAGGAUUAAAUGUGAUGAAGAACGUAAACUUAAUAGUGAUUAAAUAAU